AUGAAUAAAAAAAAUAAAAAAGCAGUCAGUGCUGUAAAUAGUAGUGGUAGUACUAAUAAUAAUAAACAAAAUAUAAAAGUAAACAUUAAUAAUAAUAAUAGUAAUCAAAAUGCAAAUGUAAAAAAAGAUAAAACAAAGAAUGAACAAAAAGUAACAGAACAACAAAAUGUGUCAAAAUCAGUUAUUAUAGCUGGUUUAUCAGUUUCAAGUAGAUAUAUGUCAUCGAUGUUUGGUCAUCAUUACUUUGUGUUGUCUGGUGGUAAUGUUUGGUGUGAUACACCAGAUUCCAUUGUAAAGUUAAAGUCAUUGAUUCCAAUCAAUCUCAAUGAUCUAUCAAAGGUAUAUCAGAGUGCAUUGCUCAGUGGUGACAGAUCAACAUGGGAGAUUCCAGUGUUUUCAUUCCUUCUUCAACCGAUCUGUCAGAAACUAGGUGGUGGUGGUCAAUCUCAAUCACAGAAACUGAUAUCUUCAGACAUUCAAUUUAUCAGUGGUAUCACAGAUCUAUUCAAUCAUUACACUUCAAGUGGUGCUGUAUUCGAUUCCACUGAAUUGAAUGAUGAUUUCGAUGAUCUCACCAAACUAUUAUUGAGUGUCGGUUCCAACAAACAAGAGAUUCAGUCUUUACUUUCACUCAACAUCGAACAGAAUAAACAUUCUGAAAAGAAAUCAUCGAUAUUGAAGAAGAACAUCAAAGAACAAAUGAAUAAUCACAAUUAUUUAGAAGCAAUCAAGUUGGCAAACGAAGGUACCAAUAUCUAUGGAUUAUCAGUUGAUACUCUUGCCAAAUUCUAUUUCUAUGCUGGAUAUUCACAAGAGAUGCAACGAUUAAAAACAAACAGUAAAUCAGCACGUGAUGAUAUUUUGUUGAAUCUCAGUCGAAUGAAAUCAAUCAAACCAGAUUGGAAAUGUACAUUACUCUUGACCGCCGUCAUUCUACAUAACGAUGGCAAAAUUAUUGAGGCAAAAAGGACAAUAGAGAAAUGUUUAUCGAUGAGUCCACAUUACGAAUUAGCAAGAGAUCGAUAUGAAAUGAUCAAAUUCGAUUUUCAAUUUGGUAUAGAGGAAAUACCUAUAUCAGAUGAAAUUCUCAAAGAAGUGAUGUCCAGCACCCACGAUCAAGAUUUAUUGAACGGAUAUAUUCAUUAUUUUGGCAUCAAUGUAGAGAAAGAUACAGUCAAGGCGUUACUAUGUUUUCUAAAGUUUCCAAACAAUACUCUUGCAGUAGUGUACUCUGGAAUAUGCUAUCAACUCAGAUCAGCAAAUGUCUAUCGCAAUUUAAAGAAAGGAUUCGAAUGCUUCCAGAGGGCAUUGCAUAUGGGUCAUCUGGAAGCACUAAACAGUCUGGCGACUUGCUGUCUCUAUGGAUACGGUGUUGCUAAGGAUAUCAAGAAAGCAAUCGAAUAUCUCGAACGAAACAUUCUUAACGGUCAUACAUCAUCUCUGAACCUUCUUGGUGAAAUCUAUCUCGAUGAAGAUUGCGGAAUGGUUAAACCAAAGAAAGCUGCACAGCUAUUUCUCCAAGCUUCGAAUCUCAAGAAAAAUCCACAUCCAAAAUCGAUGUACAAUUUGGCAGCGCUCUACCUGAGUGGCAAUGGUAUCGAGAAGGAUUUGGAUGCCGCCGAAAAGUGGUGUAGAAAAGCAUUGGAUAACGGCAUUACGGAUAGCCAAAAUCUGAUGGGCAAUAUUCUAGCUGCCAAAGGAUCAGAGGAUCUGCCACCUAUCUACAAAGAAAUCAUUGAUAUUUUCAGCUCUAUUACUACCAAUCAAGAGAAAAAGAAAGUUACUACCGAUCAAUUGACAAGCUAUACCAAUAGCUCAGUGACUGCAGCCAAAUUGUGGAAAGCAAAGAAACUGUUUAAUGAAACAAUAACAAUGAUAAAUUCUGGAAAUGCUCAAGAUAAAGAUAUCAUAUCGAAUAUCUCAAAGUGCUACCAAAUACAUGAAAUCGUUGUUGACGUUGAGAUUCUAAGAGAGAAAUUCCUACCGAUUCUCAAUCGAUACAUGAAGAACAACCCAAUGGAUUUGAAUUCAAGAUAUUGCUUUAUCUAUCUGAAUUACAGUAAUGAUAUUAGAUACAUUUUAAGUUAUACUGAACAAACUUUAAAGUAUUUUCCACAUUCUCACGCUGCAUUGUACAAAAUGGAAAAACAAAUUCAGACCUCUCCUCAUGGAGGUCCUCUUACCAAAAACGACGAUUUAUCAGAUAUGUUUGAGUUUCAACGAAUCUGCCAGAAGGACGAUCUUUUGAGACCAAACUCAUAUUAUGAACUCUCAAGCUAUAUGAUUGCCAAGAAAGAAAUGGAAAAUGGAUAUCAUUACUAUCUUUUGGGAAAGGAAUCAGAGAAAGAUCAAUUACCAUGCUUCCUUCCUUACAACAACAACAAACCUGAACUCAUAAUUUUCGAAUCAUACGGUGAUCAGAACACCAUCAAACAUACCACUUCAUUUCAUAACUACCUUGAAAAAAUGAAGGAGUCUGCUGAUCCAAUAUCGGACACGUCGAUUAUCGUGGAUAACGAUCAUAGACUUAGACUAACAACACACCUCAGAAGUUGUUUCGCCAAUUUUAAUAACAUUGCUAGCAGUAAUAGUGAGAAAGGAAGUAGAUGUAUUACAAUCAAACAAGUUCCAAAAAACUUUGUUGAAGAUUAUAAUGAAAUUACAAUUUUAGAUAUCAAGAUCAAUUUUGAUUAUGUCUAUACAGGUUUGAUUAGAGGUAUCAUCAUUGAAAGACCAUUCAGAAAUAACAAGGCAACACAUUUCUUGAUGGUAGAUAUUAAUGGUUCUUGUAUCAAUGUUGGUAUCUAUGAUGAUACCAUCAAUAACCAAGCAACAGCCGAUCGAUUAUUCUUUGUUGGUCAGAACAUAUUCAUUGUCAAUCCAUAUCAUCGAAUUGGUACAAUUGGUAUCGAUAGAGUUUCAAUGAUCAGAGUCGAUCAACUAUCAGAGCUAUUCACUGACAACAUUUCUAAACCCAAUCGAUUCUGUCAUGGUUGUUUCAAACCAUUCGAAUCGAAAUACAUCAAAUGUUCAAAAUGUAACGUUGCCAACUAUUGUUCAAAACAAUGUAAAACUUAUGAUUUCUACACAUUACUUCAUAAAUCAAUUUGUAAAUAA